AUUUGUUGAGGAGAGUGAGAAUCUGAGUCUCGACUCCUGGUUGGCGCUCUCUAUCUUUUUUCCUUUCUUUCCUGAAUUUGCCAAAAUUAGGAAAAGAUCUCAUUUUUCUUCUCCUAUGUAUUCUUCUCUCCCGUCUUUUUCUGGUCAUUUUUUUUAGUAUCCAUCAAACCCUAAUUUUUCAAAUCACAUUUUUCUUCUCAUAAUUCAUUCCUCUUCUUCUUCUACCCCAUGUUGUAUCUACUUCAAUCCGCAGUAAUACAUUGUUAUUAUCUCUUUCAAUGAUCCAAUUGGUCCCUACCCCACUUGGAUUUUUCCCCAAAUUUCUCUCAUCCCUUCAUCUUCUGCCACAUUGAAUUGGUGUGUUGGGGGCGUGUUUUUUUGUGAUUCCCUUAUACCCAAUUGAAAAAUUUUUAGAACGUGCAUUGCAGAUUGAUGGGGUUGUUUUGAGUCUCUAUUCUUUGUUUUAGGGGUUGUGUUUCUCUGUUAUUGUGAGGGUUAUUGGGGUAAAAAAUGUCCUUCGAGUCUUCUGGAGGAUCGGGUUAUUCAGUUUCGCAUGAGAAGAGUUCGUGCCCCUCAAUUGGGUCAGUGUUGGAUGACUAUUUGAUCAAGAAUUGUGGUAAUUUUGGUAAUUCUUGCAACCUUUGUAGUUUGAAUGGGAAUUUGGAAGGAGAGCCAUGUUUUGAAAUGAUCAAGGCUGUGUUAAGUGAUUUAGAUGAUAAAGAGGAAGUGGUCAUCGAUGAUGAUGCUGAUGUUGAUGGUUUGCCAAUGGAUCCUUUUGGAAUGAACAAAGAAUCUAACUUCACGGCAUUCUCGGAUUGGUUUGAAGAUUUCGAGUGGGGUUUCCGAUCAGAGGAUGGUGAAUUUGGGGUGGAUGAAAAUGAAACACGUCAAAAGAUUGGUGUUGAUCAUGAUCAUGAUCAUCUUCACUUUUUGGGUCUGAGUUGGGCUUGGAAUGGCGCAGAGAAUUUUCAGCCGCAGAAUGUUGGGAAUGAGAAUAAUGACAUGUCAGUUUCAGGUGAUGUUUUCAAUGGAUAUAAAAAUUUUGAUGGUGUGUUUGAUGAGGGUGUUGUGGUUGAUGGAAAUGCCGGAGGUUUUUUGAGUGUUAGUCGUAGGGGCUAUGAAAUUUCAAGCAGUGAAGCUGAUGAAUCCCAAAACAUCACAAAAAUUGAAUGUGAUGCUCAAGGAGGUGCACCACAUGAUGCUUUGUUUUUUGUGUUAGGCUAUCUAGGUAUGCAAGACCUUCUCUCCGUCGAACAGGUUUGCAAGUCCUUGCGUGAUUCUGUUAGAGGUGAUCCUUUGUUAUGGAGGACCGUGCAUGUUGAUAAGCCAUUAAACGAGAGGAUUACAGAUGAUGCUCUUGUGAAGUUAACUAAUAGGGCUCAAGGUACUCUUCAGGGCCUGAUCCUAGUGAACUGUUUAUGGAUCACUGAUAGUGGUCUGGGACGUGUUCUACAAAGCAAUCCAAGAUUGAUGACGUUAAGUGUGCCAGAUUGUAUUAGACUCACAAUUGAGGGGAUUUUAUUCAACCUGAGGGCUCUAAAGAAAUCUGGAACAGCUGGUAUAAAGCACUUACGAAUUGGUGGGCUUGCUGGUGUGUGUCAUGUGACUGACCAGCAAUUUGAAGAAUUGAAGGAAUUGCUGGAUGCAAGCACAUAUUUGCCACAGGGAGACCAGAAGCCACAAUUUUACCGAGGAGGUUAUUCACAUAUCAUAUGUGAGGAUGGCCGUGCAAUUGAUAUAGAGGUGUGUCCAAGAUGUCAGAAACUGAGACCUGUUUAUGAUUGCCCUGCUGAGAGUUGCCAGCAGAAACAUCAGGCUGCUCAGCUGUGCAGGGGUUGCACAAUAUGCAUAGCACGUUGCAUCCAUUGUGGACGAUGCAUUAAGGACUUUGAUUAUGAAGAGACAUUCUGUUUGGACUUGCUUUGUUUGAAUUGUUGGAAUCAGUUCUUGGAUUGUCCAGAGGAAAAGGAAGCUACAAAGUGUACUAUUAUUAGUCAGAGGACCAUGUAUCAGUUUUGCGUCUAUGGCUAAUAGGCUGUCCCUGGCCUAUAUGGUCUUUUGGCAUUGGAUAAGAAUCUGCACAUUUGGCUGUCUGAUUUUUUUGUGUGCAAAAUUGAGCUGAAUGUGCAUGGUGUAACAUUCGGUUGUGGAGGUUAUUUUAAUUACUCAGCAGCUGAGCCUUUUUGAACUGCGAUAAGGAAGAAGAAAAAACAGAUUUUGGAGGGAAAAAUAAUUGAGAUUGAAUUCAAAAAAAAUCUAAAAAAACAAAUGCUUAGUGUUGGAUCAAGGGAAAAAAGGGGUUCUCAUGUAUAGCAUUAUCUGAUCAAGAGCAGCUUCAUGAUAUGUUGUCUUCUGCAGUGGAAAUUACUGUCUGAGUUCAUUGAAGUGAAGAAGCAAGGUAUACUUAUGAUGAGGCAUGCAUAUGCAGUGGAUCAGAAAAACAAUUGAGAUUGAAUAAAAAUAAAAUAAAAAAUGAAAACAAACAAAUGACUAGAGUUGACAAUACACUGGAUCGAGGGAAGAAGGGGGUUCUCACGUAUAGCAUUAUCUGACCAAGUGCAGCUUCAUGAUAUGUUGUCUUCUCUGCAGUGGAACUACUAUCUGAGUUCAUUGAGGUGAAGAAGCAUGUGAGCUAUGCUUGAUUUAAUGACGGGGUUAAGUAUUAAUUUUUUUCCUAACAUGGGUGGCUUUUUUAUUUGGUGUGACUACCCUUAACAUGUGUUUUUCUUGUCUUUUGAUGUAGUGUUAAUGCUGGUGCUUGCAGUGGAUCUUGUAUCUGAGUUUCACUGCAAUGAAGAAACUGUUUCUAUUGAUGGUUUUUGCUAUGCUGCUUGCAAUAAAUCAAUUAAAAGAGAAGUUAGAUUGUCGAGAACAAUGGACUGGGAGAAUAAUUGAAGGUUUGGAUAAUUUUUGGAGCUGUGUAAUGGCUGAAGCAAUAAAUUCAACCCUUCAACUUCGGCUGUAGUUACAGUUCUUUGUGUUUUUUGGGUAGAGUUAUGAUUCAAAUUUUCUAGUACUAUGAUAUGCAAUAAUGCAGCUGUUUCAAUACUGCAAGAUUCUCCCUCCAAAAAAGAAAGAAAAAAAAUAAAAAAUAAAAAUAGUAAAAUACUUUUUCUCAUUUUGAGUCUAUGUAAACACUGGCCUCUGGAAACUGAGACAUUAUCCUUGUUGAUAGAAACGGUUGAUGUUUGACUCAUUACUAUGGUAAAUAAAAGGGGAAGAAAAUUUC